AUGGCAGCGAGGCCGCAGCAUCCCCUCGUCCUCCUGGCGGUCGUCGUCGCGCGAGCGUCCCUUUCCCUUGCACCUGUUAAUAUCUUCAAGGCUGGAGCUGAUGAAGAGAGAGCAGAGACAGCUCGUCUGUCUUCUUUUGUUGGCGCCAUUGCUAUUGGAGACUUGGUAAAGAGCACGUUGGGACCCAAGGGCAUGGACAAAAUUCUGUUAAGCAGUGGACGAGAUGCUUCUCUUAUGGUAACCAAUGAUGGUGCAACUAUUUUAAAAAAUAUUGGUGUGGACAAUCCAGCUGCUAAAGUUUUAGUUGAUAUGUCAAGGGUUCAAGAUGAUGAAGUUGGUGAUGGCACUACCUCUGUUACUGUUUUAGCAGCAGAAUUACUAAGGGAAGCAGAAUCUUUAAUUGCAAAAAAGAUUCAUCCACAGACCAUUAUUGCGGGUUGGAGAGAAGCCACAAAGGCGGCAAGACAGGCUCUGUUGAAUUCUGCAGUUGAUCAUGGUUCUGACGAAGUUAAAUUCCGUCAAGAUUUAAUGAACAUUGCAGGAACAACAUUAUCCUCAAAACUUCUUACUCAUCACAAAGACCACUUUACUAAGUUAGCUGUGGAAGCCGUUCUCAGACUGAAAGGCUCUGGUAAUCUGGAGGCAAUUCAUGUCAUCAAGAAGCUAGGAGGAAGUAUGGCAGAUUCCUAUUUAGAUGAAGGCUUUCUGUUGGAUAAAAAAAUUGGAGUAAAUCAACCAAAGCGAAUUGAAAAUGCUAAAAUUCUUAUUGCAAAUACUGGUAUGGAUACAGACAAAAUUAAGAUAUUUGGUUCCCGGGUAAGAGUUGAUUCUACAGCAAAAGUUGCCGAAAUAGAACGUGCAGAAAAGGAAAAAAUGAAGGAGAAAGUUGAACGUAUUCUUAAGCAUGGGAUAAAUUGCUUUAUUAACAGGCCCUUGCCCGGGGCCCGCCGUCCUCGGCCGUCCUCGGUCGUCCCCCGCCGUCUGCUGCCUCAUCUGUAUCCCAGCGCCGCGGGCUCCCUGUGUCUGUCCCCGGGCCCGCCGCACGUGGCGCAGGCCGCGGCGUGUGGCCUGCGCCGGGCCCACAGGGCAGGCAUGGGCCUGAAGGCCAGCACCUUGUUGUGA